AGAGGAAAAUUUUCAAAUAUUCUGACCGGUGAACUUGUAGAAUCCCAUAAAUAUUUGAUAAAGACUGAUUUUCAGAGGGUGAGCUUGUACAUUGCACGACGUGAAUGGCUUCUUUAACAAUUCUAUUGUCCUGUUCUUAUCUUCUCCUACGACUAGUUUCUCUAGCCAAUGCUCAGCCAGACUUCUUGUUCCCGUUCUGUAACAAUGGAAGAGGUAAUUAUACAACUAACAGCCUCUACAAAAGAAACCUCGACAAUCUCCUGUCAUCCCUCGCUUCCAACACCGAAAUUGACAAUGGAUUUUACAAUCUCUCUGUCGGCGAAGCCCCGGACCAAGUAAGUGCUAUUGGGCUCUGUAGAGGAGAUGUGGGGCUUGAAGACUGUCGAGGUUGUAUAAGCAACGCUACUAGUAAGAUCUUACAGAUUUGUCCAAACCAGAAGGAAGCUUUUGGAGUAUAUGAUUUCUGUACUCUGCGAUACUCCAACAGAUCCAUAUUUGGUGUGAUGGAAGGAUCACCCGUUUUCCGUAUCUGGAAUACAAACAAUGCUUCGGAUGUGAACCGUUUCACUCAGGCACUGCAAACGUUGUUGAGUAGACUUCGGAGCGAGACAGCGUCAGGGAACUCAACUCGAAAGUUUGCAAUAGGAAAUGAAAACGCAGGAUUUGAAAAUGUAUUUGGACUAACGGAAUGCAGUCCUGACUUAUCUAGCCAGGAGUGCGAUGAUUGCCUGGCUCAGGCUAUUCGGGACAUUCCUGGAUGCUGUGCUGGAAGUUUAGGAGCACAAAUAAUUAAACCCAGUUGCAACGUCAGGUUUGACAAUAGGUUCUUUUACCAACUUCCAUCACCAUCAUCACCGGCUGUACCUCUUCCUCCACCAUCAGAAGGAAAGAAGAGCAACAAAGCACGAACAGUCAUUAUCAUCGUAGUUCCAACUGUCAGUGUUGUGGUAUUAUUAGCCAUCAUCAUCUUCUGCAUCUUUUUCAGGACGCGGAGGAAGCCAAAUGAAAAAGCUGAAACUGUAGAUGACAUUGAAACUGCAGAAUCUUUGCAGUUGGACUUUGAAACUGUUAAAGCUGCAACAAAUAACUUCUCUGAUGAAAAUAAGCUCGGGCAAGGUGGAUUUGGUGCUGUUUACAAGGGUACAUUAUAUAACGGUCAAACAAUAGCAGUGAAGAGACUGUCUAAAGAUUCAGGACAAGGAGAUCUAGAAUUUAAAAAUGAAGUCCUUUUGGUGGCUAAGCUUCAGCACAGAAAUUUAGUUAGGCUUCUCGGUUUCUGCUUGGAAGGCAAUGAAAGGCUUCUUAUCUAUGAGUUUGUCCCAAACACUAGCCUUGACCAUUUCUUAUUUGAUCGAACAAAGCGUGAAGAAUUAGAUUGGGAAACACGUUACAAGAUUAUUUGUGGCAUAGCUCGAGGACUUGUUUACCUUCACGAGGACUCUCGGCUUCGAAUCAUUCAUCGUGACAUGAAAGCCAGCAAUAUUCUAUUAGACGCUGACAUGAAUCCAAAAAUCUCAGAUUUUGGCAUGGCAAGGUUGUUUGUAAUGGAUCAAACUCAAGGCAACACAAGCAGAAUUGUCGGAACCUAUGGCUAUAUGGCUCCAGAGUAUGCAAUGCACGGGCAAUUUUCAGUCAAAUCAGACGUAUUUAGCUUCGGUGUUCUAAUUUUGGAGAUUUUGAGUGGUCAAAGAAAUAAUGGUUUCCGCAAUGGAGAGAACAUAGAGGAUCUUUUGAGCUAUGCAUGGAGAAAUUUUAGGGAAGGCACAUCUAUGAAUCUUAUAGACCCAACUUUGAGGAGUGGUUCAAGAACUGAAAUGAUGAGAUGUGUCCAUAUUGGAUUACUAUGUGUUCAGGAAAAUGUAGUUGAUAGGCCAAACAUGGCUUUAGUUGUUCUUAUGCUAAAUAGCUAUUCAACUACUUUACCUUUACCUUUAGAGCCUGCAUUUUUUAUGCACAGCAGCGCUCAUUCAGAUGUGUCUUCUUCAGCAAGCUACUAUUCAAAAAUGACAGAAUCCUCGCAUUCGAAAAUUGAAACUCUUCCAUUGUCUAAAAAUGACUCAUCAGCUAUUACGAAUUUAUAUCCUCUGUAGGAAAUUAUUUUUGAAAACAAAUUUUGGUUGUUGUAUUUAUAUUGAUUAUUUCAAAUAUUU